UAAACAUAAAUAAGCAAUAGCGCCCGUCCCUGCAAGCACUCGCGUUCCAGAUGUUAUCUAUCCCGUUUUCCCCGUACCCGUAAAGAACACGGUCACCGUUUUCUACCCCCCCCCCCAGGACGGGACAUUGGCGCGGGGGAAGCGAGGGAGGAAUGUGCUGGUUGUGCUAGUGGGCAGUUUGUUGGGCAGGAUAUUUCAUCGCAAGGAACAAAUAGAACAGGAACCCAAAAUAUACACACACACACACACACACACACGCACAAAAAAAAGACGAAAAGGAUAGAAAGCGCACGCGCACACUACAACGCCUCUCCCCCCGCCUGUCUACCCACCGACCAAGCAUAGGGAAGGAAGGACGUGACACGGACGGGUGACGGGCGGUGUAUGUUUUGUGCCUUGUGGCCGUCGAAAAAGUCGAAGCGUCAUCGUUUACCACCAGUCGAAGCGUGUGCCGGAGCGUUCCACGGUUUGGUUUGUGCCGAAAUCGGUUGCGGUGUGCAGCGGUGCUGCAGUUUUUACUGUUUGUUGCAAUUGUUGCAAACAACGCAAAGAAGAGAAGGCGGAAGAAGACCUAACGUGCACAAUACCCCCGCACGCACGCACGUGCAAUUAUGUGCGGACUGUCCUUCCGGGCGAGUGUUUAGCCAACAACGGAAACGCACCUCCCUUCCCCCGACAAAGGGCGGGAGGAAAGGGGCCGUAUGGCAGGAUCGGAGCCGCCCGAAAAGCAGUAGUGCCCUUGGAGUGAAUCCCGUAUUCGAGUGUGCGUGUGUGUGUGCGAUUCACAGGAAUAACGUCAUCCAGGAAGUGGUCCGCUAGCCAAGGAACGGGAGGAUAUCUCUAGCUCUCUUCAGAGUGUCCCCCUUCGAUGUAGGAACCACAGAGAAACGCACACGCACAAGCCACACACCCACAAACAAGUAACCGUUUUCUUCCGUGUGUGGCAAGUGUUGACAGACGCAACGUAGAAAAACAACACAAAAAAAACAAACAACACGUCCUGUGUAGCAAAUCCGGACACCGAAAGUACCCCGCUCGCGUGUAGUGCUGUAGUGCGCUAGUGUCUGUGUGGGUGUGUGUGUGUGUCUGCCCCUUUUCCCUCCCCCCCUCCCUCCCUACGCGUGUGUAUUAUGUCAGCGGCCGUGCACUUUGCCCACGACGGGAUACUGUUCCUGCUGCUGAUCUACGGCAUCAUCGCGCUUGCAAAACCAGUGGCUGGAUCGUCGCUGGCGCUGUGUGAAGGCGGCCAAACAUGUCUUCCCCCGAAGGAGUGCUGCGCCCAGGGCUGCUGCUAUCUGUACGCGCCGCCGGGCGCCCCCCGCAUCCCGAUGGCGAGCGGGGACCACGUGCUCGGGCUGCUCUUCCUCAACCACUGGUACUUCUGGUGCUUCCUGUUUGCGGUCGUGCUCGCCCUGCUCUGCACCUGCUCGCUCUGGCGGCGGCGCCGCCAGCUGUGCGGCUGGGACGCGUCCGCCCGCCACUCGCAGUCGGAGGGCGAUUCGGCCGGCUCGUGCUACGCGCCGCCCCAGUACAGCCGCUGCAACUCGUUCCACAUACACGCGCCGCCGCCUUACACGGAGGUCGCCUCCAAGCCGGACCUGUACCCGCUCGUGUUUAGCUACACCGAUCCGGGCAAGGGGAGCAGCGGGGCGAACUACCUGAUGGUGCAGUACUUCCGGAACUACAUCGUGCAGCCGGUCGGCAGCAUCUCCGGCACCAGCACGGUCGACUCGCUCAGCUCGAGCUUCAUCUGCAACGCGAACGAGGCGAACACGCUGGUGCCGCCGCCGUACUCGCGCGCCGCCAGCCCGGACCAGCUGACCGUCGCCUACCGGAACUACCUGCUGCCCCGGUCCGCCUCCCAGCAGGUCUGCCUUACCGCGUACGAGCGCACGGCGGUGGUGGCGGGCGCCCGCAGCCAGCCCGGCCCCGGCUACCACCACCAUCACCAUCACCACAGCCACCGGGACGACGAUUCCGGGCUGCUGCUAAACGACCAACAGCAGCACCAGCAGCAGCAGCAGCAGCAGCAUCGGGACGAGUCGCCCCAUCCGGGCACGAUCAGCCACAGCAGCAAUAGCGUGUCCCUGCUGGAGUGCGGCCCGGAACCGGAACCCAGCGAACGGGGCGGACCGAGCCAGCCGGGCGCCGGCCACGACCCGCCCGGGGCCAACUGUGAUCGGCAGCGGGCCGGCGGGCUCGUCUGCAAGCACUGCUGCUCGCUCGGCGACAUUGCGAGCGAGCGGCGCCCGGACGGUGGGCCGGCCGCCGGUCCCGCCCUCCACAAGAGCCUCGACACGUGCUGCCACGUGCUGCUGGACGAGUCGCUGGCGCACGCGGGCGGCCCGAGCGGUGGGGCGAAGCAGGUGGGGCGGCGCCACUCGGGCGCCGUCUCGAGCGUCGGCUCGAACGUGUCCAGCCUGGUCAAUCUGGAGGGGCCGGCGAGCUCGCCGCCCCGCGCCACCAGCCCGACGGCCGAGGUGCGCGAACUGCUCGAACAGAUACGCCAGCUGCACGGCGAGGAGGCCGGCGGUGGUGGUGGCGGCGAGGGUGCGACCGGGCGAUCAGCACAGCCGCCCGCUAGCUACCGGCGGCCGUCGUCGCUGGUCGGGCGGCGCAGCAAGCUGUUCGCCAAGGGCGGUCCGCCGCCGGGCGCCUCCCGCGCCAUGUACAUACCGGUUGCGUCCUGCGCGCCCCACCAGACCGGCGGCCAGCGGCCCCUGCGCAGCCCAGCCUCGAUGUCGAGCGCGGCGAGCAGCUUCCUCAGCCGCCAGCGCCACUGCUGGCUGUCCAAGUCGGCCCCGACCACACCCGGUACCGGGCCGGGCAGCUUCGGCGGUGGUGGGGGUGGGGAUGGCGGAGACACAGCCCCCGACAACCGGCCGCUGCUGCUGACCGAGCAGGAGGAGGACGGCGAACAGAACGUUUAGUGGCGGCGGGAGAGCGGCAGUUAGGCAGGCAAGCAGGCAAAAAGCAAACAGAAAUCAACGAAACACAUUUCGUGACACCACACACACACUCACACACACUCGCACACACAGACACUAUCGAAGCAAUAUGGAGCAACCACAGAUACCCAUGUCCCAUGUCGUCACAUGUCGUCAUAUGUGGUAGAGAGGGAGAUACUGAUAUUAAAUCCUUAUUUGUUCGAUGAGGUAAGGCAUAUGCACUAUGCCAAUUCUUCUAAAAUUCCUGUACUAUACGUACGCUGCAGAUGUACUGUCGGGAAUGGUUUGUCGGCUAACUGGGCAGGUUACUGUAUCGGUUCCAUACUCAAAUUUUAUACCGAAUCCAGAACAGGUCCAUGUACAGUUCCGGAUUCGGAACGGGUCCAGGAACAGUUCCAGGAAAGGAAUGAAAUCGGGAGCUAUUUCAGGACCGGUAUGAGUAUAGCAUUAGUUCAAGGACCAUCAUGGGUUCAUGAUCAGUUCCAAGACCGGUAUGGGUUCAUAAUCUGUUCCAGCUUCGAUAUGGGUUCAUGAGUAUAGUUCACCAGUGUAGGCUUAUAAUAGAUUCCAGGACCGGUAUGGACUCAAAAUAGGCUCCAGGUUCGGUAUAGCUUCACGAUAGGUUCCAGGACCGGUAUGGGCUCAUACUAGGUUCCAGGGCAGGUAUGGGUUCAUGGUCGGUUUAAGGACCGGUAUGGGUUCAUUAUCAAUUCCAGGACAGCUAUGGGUUUACGUUCGGUUCCAGGAGCGGUUCGAGUACUUCAUUGGUUUCAGGGUAGGAACAGGUUUAUGAUCGAUUUCAGGACAGUUAUUGCUUCAUGAUCGGUUCCAGGACCGGUGUGGACUUAUGAUAAGUUCCAGGACAGGUAUGGGUUCAUGAUCCGUUCUAUGGCAGGUAUGGGUUCAUAAUCAGUUCCAGAGCAGGAAUGGAUUCAUUCUCGGUACCAGGACCUGUAUUGGUUUAUGAUUGGUUCCAGGAUCGGUAUGGGUUCAUAAUAUGUUCCUGGUUCGAUAUGGGUUCAUGGUCGGUUCCAGAACCAGAACCAGGACUCAAACUAGGUUCCAGGGCAGGUAUGGGUUCAUAAUCUGUUUUAGGACCAGUAUGGGUUCAUGAUCGGUUCUAGGACCGGUUUGGGUUGAGUAUCAGUUUCAGGACUAAUAUGGGUUCCUGAUAGGUUCUAGGGCCGGUAUAGGGUCAUGAUUGAUUGAUUGAUUGAUUGAUUCUAGGACCGGUUUGAGUUCAGUAUCAGCUCCAGGUCCUUUAUGGGAUUAUUUUCAGUUUCAGGACUGAUAUGGAUUCAUGUUCGGCUCCAAGACACAGCAUGAGCUUCAGUAUGAGGUUCUAAGACCGAAAUGAGCUCAUGAACGGUUCCAAGUCUGAUAUGGGUUCAUUAUCAACUCCAGGACCACUAUAGGUUUACGUUCGAUUCCAGGAUCGGUAUGCGCUCGUAAUCGGUUCCAGGGCAGGAAUGGGUUCAUGAUCAAUUUCAGGACAGUUAUUGGUUCAUGAUUGGUUCCAGGACUUGUUUAUGAUAAGUUUCAGGACCAGUAUGGGUUAUCGAUUCCAUAUUCGGUAUGGGUCCAUAAUUGGUUUUAGAACCGGUAAGGGUUUAUGAAAGGUUCCAGUACCGGUAUGAACUCCGUAUCAACUCCUGGACUGGUAUGCGUUCCGUAUAUCUUCGAAGGCCUUCUUUAAAAUGUCUGUAGGUUUCGAGACCAAUAAUUCCGGCGUACAUUUCAGGGUGAAAAAAUUGCAAAAAAACCUAGAUGCAUUCAUCAACGAAUCUUCUAGUUGCACUCCAAUCCAAAUCUACAAUGUUAAUCUGUUGUAUUCCCGAUGAUUGAAGAUUACUGGUUACAAUAAUAUGCCUAGCCUCGUAAAACAAAUUAAGAUUUAAAAUCAGUAAUCUAUCUCGCUAUCACAUCUGCGCAGGUGUUAAAGAGCUCAAUGAAUGAGUUGUAGCGAGGCAGCGUAUUUGCUUUUAGGACGCGCGGUCUGCGUGGUGGCUUUGGCAUGGGUGUGUGUUUGUGUGUGACAAAAACAACAACAACAACAAAACAAUACAAAACCUACCACUUUGUUCCGGACCAAGCAAAUGUGUUACGUGUCUGUGGCUGUUCGUAACCCUUACUUUACAUCCUAUCCUCUCCAUUUCCUUCCCCCUCGCUCCCUCGUGUUUCGCUUGCUACGUUUGUAUUCUUAUAAGUAUUUGUAAAGCAACAAAAUGAAAACAAAAAAAAAAACAAAAAAAAACUAAUGCCGGAAACACACACACCAGGACAAUGGCAAAAAAAAGGUAACUGACCAUUCCGCUCGACUUGAUUGAGAAGUUUCAGAAUGUUGGUAGAAAUUUACUUCUAGUUACGCCGCUUCUUUUCCGCAUUUGAACACUGUUCACACACACACAUACACACACAAAGAACAAUAAGCAUGGGUGGGGUGCCCGAGAGGGGGAGUCAGGGGUAGUUACCAGAGGACAACCAGAAAG